AUGAUCCGAAGGCCUCGGAAUUCAUCGACCGAAACUGACAGUGAUCCCGAGGCCAAUCACGAGAGUGAUCCAGAGAGCAAUCCCGAGGACGACACUCAUCACAUGGAGGAUGAUGCUGAUGAUGACACAGAGGAAGGUAGAUCCCCGCAAAAGAGACCCAGAACAGAGCCUGGUCCUUCGACAGCACAUGAAGGGACAGUGGUCCCACAUGCAAUUCCAAAGCCUCGCCCGGUCAAUGCAGGGAAGACUGGUGCACUGCUGACAUCGCGAAUGGGCGACCUCCUGACUGGGCUGACUGCGAGAGUCACUCGCAAUGUUCAGGAGGAUGGUGCAACAGAACGAGUCAAUAGGUCGCCGGCGCUGAAGAACAUGCGGGGAAGAAAGCGGUGA